AGAAACAGAAUGCUCCUUCGUUGUUGGUGGGAUGUAAAAUUGUGCAGCUGCUGUGGAAGACAGUCGGUGAUUCCUCAGAUAGUUAUUCUUCAGGAAUUUAUAAUUUGAGGACUCAUGAAAGAAGAUGAUUUAUUAGAAAGAUUAAUUACCAGGCACUCACGGAUUCUUCAUUGUCAAAACUAUACUCAUUUUGUGGCCACAAUCUAUAAUUACAAUGCCUCUCAAGAUGUGGAGCUCUCCUUGCAGAUUGGAGACACGGUUCACAUUCUGGAGAUGCAUGAGGGUUGGUACAGAGGAUAUACCCUUCAAAAUAAAUCUAAAAAGGGUAUUUUCCCUGAAACAUAUAUCCAUCUGAAAGAGGCAACUGUGGAGGACCGAGGGCAGAAUGAGACCGUGAUUCCAGGUGAGCUUCCACUGGUGCAGGAGCUCACGUCCACUCUGCGAGAAUGGGCUGUCAUCUGGCGCAAGCUCUAUGUGAACAACAAGGUCACACUCUUCCGCCAACUGCAGCAGAUGACUUAUCGCCUAAUUGAGUGGAGGUCCCAGAUCCUGUCUGGAACGCUCCCGAAGGAUGAACUGGCAGAGCUCAAGAAGAAGGUCACAGCCAAAAUUGAUCAUGGAAACAAAAUGCUUGGGUUAGAUCUGGUAGUGAGAGAUGACAAUGGAAACAUCUUGGACCCGGAUGAAACCAGCACUAUUGCCCUCUUCAAGUCCCAUGAAAUGGCCUCAAAAAGAAUUGAGGAAAAGAUCCAAGAAGAAAAGUCAAUUUUGCAGAACGUGGACUUGCGGGGCCAGUCGAUCUUCAGUUCAGCACAUACUUAUGGCCUCUAUGUGAACUUCAAGAACUUUGUCUGUAACAUUGGGGAAGAUGCAGAGUUGUUCAUGGCCCUCUAUGACCCAGAUCAGUCCACUUUUAUCAGUGAGAACUAUCUAAUUCGUUGGGGCAGUAAUGGGAUGCCCAAGGAAAUAGAAAAGCUCAAUAAUCUUCAAGCAGUCUUUACUGAUCUCAGCAGCACAGACCUUAUCCGGCCCCGGAUCAGCCUGGUGUGUCAGAUUGUUCGGGUGGGCCACAUGGAGCUGAAGGAGGGCAAAAAGCACACCUGUGGUCUCCGAAGACCUUUUGGAGUAGCAGUGAUGGACAUUACUGACAUCAUACAUGGGAAGGUGGACGAUGAAGAAAAGCAGCAUUUUAUUCCUUUUCAGCAAAUUGCAAUGGAAACCUAUAUCCGGCAGAGGCAGCUGAUCAUGUCACCCUUGAUAACAUCCCAUGUGAUUGGGGAGAAUGAGCCACUCACUUCAGUCUUGAAUAAAGUGAUAGCAGCUAAGGAAGUGAAUCACAAAGGACAAGGACUUUGGGUGUCCUUGAAGCUAUUGCCAGGUGACCUCACACAGGUACAGAAGAAUUUUUCACACUUGGUUGACAGAUCAACAGCGAUAGCCCGGAAAAUGGGCUUUCCUGAAAUAAUACUUCCAGGAGAUGUUCGGAAUGACAUUUAUGUCACUCUCAUCCAUGGAGAGUUUGACAAGGGGAAAAAAAAGACACCAAAGAAUGUGGAGGUGACCAUGUCUGUGUAUGAUGAGGAUGGCAAGCUCUUAGAGAAAGCCAUUCAUCCUGGUGCUGGAUAUGAAGGCAUUUCAGAGUACAAAUCAGUUGUCUAUUACCAAGUCAAGCAGCCCUGUUGGUAUGAGACUGUCAAGGUAUCCAUUGCUAUAGAAGAGGUCACACGCUGCCAUAUAAGAUUUACAUUCCGACACAGGUCAUCACAGGAAUCCAGAGAUAAAUCGGAGCGCGCAUUUGGGGUGGCCUUCGUGAAGCUGAUGAACCCGGAUGGCACCACUCUGCAGGACGGGAGGCAUGAUCUGGUGGUUUAUAAGGGUGAAAACAAGAAAAUGGAAGAUGCUAAAUUCUACCUGACCCUGCCUGGAACUAAAGUGGAGAUGGAAGAAAAAGAUCUCCAAGCACCCAAAAACCUGGCCAACUUUACCCCAGCCAAGGAUAGCACAAAAGAUAGCUUUCAGAUUGCCACCCUCAUUUGCUCAACAAAACUCACCCAGAAUGUUGACCUAUUAGGCUUGUUAAAUUGGCGUUCCAACUUCCAGAACAUUAAGCACAACUUAAAGAAGUUAAUGGAAGUGGAUGGAGGAGAGAUUGUUAAGUUUUUGCAAGAUACGCUAGAUGCACUUUUUAAUAUAAUGAUGGAAAUGUCAGACAAUGAAACAUAUGACUUCCUUGUGUUUGAUGCACUGGUAUUUAUUAUUUCACUAAUAGGAGACAUCAAGUUCCAGCAUUUUAAUCCUGUACUUGAAACCUACAUUUACAAGCACUUCAGUGCCACUUUGGCAUAUGUAAAACUCUCCAAGGUACUGAACUUUUAUGUGGCUAAUGCGGAAGACUCCAGCAAGACAGAAUUGCUUUUUGCUGCUUUGAAAGCCUUGAAGUACUUGUUUAGAUUCAUCAUCCAAUCUAGAGUACUCUAUUUGAGAUUUUAUGGCCAAAGUGAAAACGGAGAUGAAUUUAAUGAUUCAAUCCGCAAGUUAUUUCUCUCCUUCAAUACUCUAAUGGACAGACCUCUGGAGGAAGCUGUCAAAAUCAAGGGUGCAGCUUUGAAGUACCUUCCUAGCAUAAUUAAUGAUGUCAAACUUGUGUUUGAUCCUAUUGAGCUCAGUGUGCUCUUCUGCAAGUUCAUUCAAAGCAUUCCUGAUAACCAGUUAGCUCGGCAGAAACUUAACUGCAUGACCAAGAUAGUAGAGAGCAGUCUUUUUCGGCAGUCAGAGUGCAGAGAUGUGCUGCUGCCGCUGCUAAUAGACCAGCUCAGUGGCCAGUUAGAUGACAACUCCACCAAGCCUGACCACGAGGCUAGCUCGCAGCUUCUGAGCAACAUCCUGGAAGUCCUGGACAGGAAGGAUGUGGGCCCCACUGUGCUGCACAUACAGCUGAUGAUGGAGCGGCUGCUGAGAAGGAUCAACCGGACCGUGAUUGGCAUGAGCAGGCAGUCCCCCCAGAUCGGGAGUUUUGUUGCUUGCAUGAUUGCCAUCCUGCGGCAAAUGGACGACAGCCACUAUAGCCACUACAUCAGCACGUUCAAAACAAGACAAGAUAUCAUUGACUUCCUCAUGGAAACCUUUAUCAUGUUUAAGGAUCUUAUUGGAAAGAAUGUCUAUGCCAAAGAUUGGAUGGUCAUGAAUAUGAUGCAGAGCAGGGUUUUUCUCCGUGCUAUAAAUCAGUUUGCUGAAGUUCUCACAAAAUUCUUCAUGGAUCAGGCAAGCUUUGAACUUCAGCUCUGGAACAAUUACUUCCAUUUGGCAGUAGCGUUUCUUACCCAUGAGUCCCUUCAGCUUGAAACCUUCUCACAAGCCAAGCGCAACAAAAUUGUAAAAAAAUAUGGGGACAUGAGAAAGGAAAUCGGCUUUAGAAUCCGGGACAUGUGGUAUAACCUGGGUCCCCACAAAAUCAAAUUCAUUCCGUCGAUGGUGGGUCCUAUUCUGGAGGUCACUCUGACCCCUGAAGUAGAGCUCCGGAAAGCCACAAUCCCCAUUUUCUUUGAUAUGAUGCAGUGUGAGUUCAAUUUCAGUGGAAAUGGCAAUUUUCAUAUGUUUGAGAAUGAACUGAUCACAAAGCUGGACCAAGAGGUAGAAGGGGGCAGAGGAGAUGAACAAUACAAAGUUCUUCUGGAAAAACUACUCCUAGAUCACUGCCGGAAACAUAAAUACCUCUCCAGCUCCGGGGAAGUAUUUGCCUUCCUGGUCAGCAGCCUCUUAGAGAACCUUUUGGACUACAGAACCAUCAUGCAUGAUGAGAGCAAAGAAAACCGCAUGAGCUGUACUGUUAAUGUGCUGAAUUUUUAUAAAGAAAAGAAGAGAGAGGACAUAUACAUAAGAUAUUUGUACAAGCUUCGGGAUUUGCAUCGAGACUGUGAGAACUACACAGAAGCUGCUUACACACUUCUCUUACAUGCUGAGCUGCUGCAAUGGUCUGACAAGCCCUGUGUACCCCAUUUGCUGCAGAGGGAUAGUUACUAUGUUUAUACCCAGCAAGAGCUUAAGGAGAAGCUGUAUCAAGAAAUCAUAUCAUAUUUCGACAAAGGCAAAAUGUGGGAGAAGGCAAUCAAACUGAGCAAAGAAUUGGCUGAGAAUUAUGAGAGCAAAGUAUUUGACUACGAGGGCCUUGGCAAUCUCUUGAAAAAAAGAGCCUCAUUUUACGAGAACAUCAUUAAGGCCAUGAGGCCUCAGCCAGAAUACUUUGCAGUUGGAUACUAUGGACAGGGCUUUCCUUCUUUCCUGCGGAAUAAAAUCUUCAUCUACCGGGGGAAGGAGUAUGAGAGGAGAGAAGACUUUAGCCUGAGGUUGCUGACCCAGUUCCCCAAUGCUGAGAAGAUGACCAGCACCACCCCUCCAGGAGAGGAUAUCAAGUCCUCUCCAAAGCAGUACAUGCAGUGCUUCACUGUAAAACCGGUGAUGAGCCUGCCGCCCAGCUACAAGGAUAAACCCGUGCCGGAGCAGAUAUUAAACUACUACAGAGCCAAUGAAGUACAGCAGUUCAGAUAUUCCCGGCCAUUUCGGAAAGGAGAAAAGGAUCCAGACAAUGAAUUUGCUACCAUGUGGAUUGAAAGGACCACGUAUACAACUGCGUACACCUUUCCUGGGAUUCUCAAGUGGUUUGAAGUUAAACAGAUUUCAACAGAGGAAAUCAGCCCAUUGGAGAAUGCCAUUGAAACCAUGGAACUCACCAAUGAGAAGAUCAGCAACUGUGUCCAGCAGCAUGCCUGGGACCGGUCCCUCUCCGUGCAUCCACUCUCCAUGCUGCUCAAUGGCAUCGUAGACCCAGCUGUCAUGGGGGGUUACUCCAACUAUGAAAAGCUUCUCUGAGAGAUCUUCAUUCUCUCCUUUUUACGAAUGAGCACAUCAAAUUAAUGACAAGAUUGUCCUUGACCUCACAUUCCUUAGAGACCAUCAGCCACCCAGCCAGGUUUAGGCUACUGCCUAGGAAAGAAUCACUGAAAGAAGAUCAACCCAAUAUACUUGUGCUUGAUUCACCUGCCGUUUUGUCUCCUACUCCCUCUCUCCUGGAAGGAAGUAAGUUAACGGGUAAAUCCCAGCACUCAGGACGCUCUAGAAAGGAAGCAGCAUCUGUGGGGUAUGCCAAUCCACACUCUGUUUAGAAUUUUAUUCUAGUAACUCCACCAUUCCCCUCCCCCAGACUUUGUGCACUAUACAUUGAAUGAAUACGUGAUGGCCCUGACUCUUACAAUUCAGUUAGUUCAACUAAGUGUCAUAUCUGUUAUUCUGAAAAAAACCGCAGAAGGAGUAUUCACUGCAUUUUGUAAUUUGUUGCUUAGGGUUUGGAUAUAACACCAUUUGAAACUGAACUAAUACAUUCAGUGUAUGGUAAGUUAAAUUAGUAGAGGCAGGAUUUUGAAUUGUUUUGGUAAAUAUUCAGUGGCUAAAUAAUUUUGGAGUAUGCUUUUUGAAAAGAAAAUGAACAUUUGGCAAGUAAGCCCCUAUAGCAUAUCCUGGAGUGAAUGGAAAGGAAAAGUUGGAUGGGAAGGUUGAGAGGAUGUUCAGGUAGGCUGAUGCUAUUAGUUCCAUUUGCAUAUGAUGACCUGGAGAGCAUGGGCUUUUGAAUAGUCAUUCCUAUGACCCAUUAUUUUUUUUUUUAAAUUAGAGAAUUUGUAGGUUUACAGAAAAAUGAUGCAAAAAAAUAGAAUUCCCAUAUACUGCCCUGUUAUUAACAUGUUGCAUUAGUGUGGUACAUUUGUUACGAUUAAUGAAAGAACAUUUUUAUAAUUGUGCUAUUAACUAUAUCCCACCUGUGGCCCAUUAUCUGACUUCCUGUGUGCUUUUGGGCAAGAUAUUUAACCUUUAUAGGCUCCAGUUUUCAUAUCUGUAAAAUGAGGGAAAUAUCUAACUCACAGGAUUGAUUUGAGGAUUAAAGGAGAUAUCAUACAUAAGGAAUGUCAUGCAGUGCUUCGUACAUAGUUGAGGCUUGAUAAAUGUCACUUUGCAUCCUACUUCCCUAUAUACUGGCAGCAGAAGGUGCAGUUUGAAUGUUCUUCAUGAUUGGUGUUACAAUGGCCUGUGACUGCUACUUUAGUAAUCUUUCUUCUCUUUUCACUCUUCAACCUUUCAACUUUCCUCACUCUGACUAUACUCAGCAGCUGGGAAGAUCUCAACACCAGAGAGAAAUUCUAGUUUACCCAUGAUAGGUUUCAAUAACUUUCCUUAGAAGUCCAUUCCCAGUGAUACAAAGGGUGUCAAUAAAAAAACAGUAUUCAGCCUGAAAUACUUGGUUUUAUACUAAUGAUUUCAGUGUGUAGUUUUUCUUAGAAGAAAUUUGGUACUAAUUUUGAUAUAUUUUCCAAGUAUUGAUUUUUAAAGAAUGACCUAAACUCAGAUUCAUAUAUGCCAAAAUCUGUUUAUAACGUAUAACUUUCAUACAAAAUCUUUCCAAUGGGACACAGUCUUCUAACUUAAAAAAAAAAGGAUAAACAAAUAAAUAAAUAAAAUUAGGACCUUUGAUGUGAAACACUAAUUCAUACUUUAAUUGAUUUCACUUAUCUGAAUGUUAGAAAAAGUUAAUCAAUUGCCAUGACCUAUUGCAAUCAAUGGGAAAACGCUUAACUAUAUAUUUGAGAAAUAUAACCUAUUUUAUCCCAGCCCUUUACUCAUUGCCUAAGUGAUAAAAACCCAGGAGCUGCUUCCCAUAAUUCAUCCACCCUUUCUGUUUUGAGGCAGGAAUCUGCUAGAAAGAAAUUAAUUUCAUGGCACAAUGGUCUGAUGUUCCCUGUGGAAGCCCAGGGUCCAGGCCUUUCCUUAAGAUUCUGUAAAACUUAAGCGCACAGCAGCCUGCGUGACCUGGGGCAGUUAAUCAGAACAUAACCAACUUCCCUCAGAGGGAGGGAGAGUGCGGAUAGUCAAUUCUCCCUCCUGUGGCAUAUUAACUAAACCUUUCCGAGGUCAACCAGUUCCCAGAACCAAGAUUGUUACUCCCUUCCUAGCUUGUAGCUAAUCUAAAUGUUACAAGACUCAUUUAUCUCACACCCACUGGAACGUCUUUGUUUCUGGCCGGUAUAACUGGCCCUGCUGACUCCCACUUAAGUGUGGAGCACUUCUACUCUCUGAUCUGCAGCCUUCAGAGCUGUUUGAUUUCUCCUGUAGGUAAGUUCCUCCUAAUCAAAUUCAUGUCUCAGUCCAUGCCUGGUGCUUUCUUUGGUCUUUUGGCUGGACACUCCCGCAGGCUGGGACAAUUGGUGAGCCAGCCAGGAGGCCAGAGAGACCCUGGCCACUGAGUGCAUGAAUUCUGGGAAGGGAGACUCCCUGGGGGGGAAUCCUAGGAUAGCCUGUGAUAUCCAUGUGGGGAGGGGUGGUUGUCCUCCUGGAUGAGUGUGGACUACUGAGGGAGUAUGAGGAUGCACAGAACUCCCUGGCUGGACUGGUAGCCCUCCUGCAGCAGGCCCCAGGACAGUUGAGUUUUCAUAAAGAAAAGAAAAGCCAUCAGGCCACCACAGCCAUCACAUGGCCCCUCUUAGGGGCUGUAUGUUCAGCUACAAAAAAUGGCUCUGGCUGCCAAAGCUGCAGUUUGCUGCCUAGAGGAAGAGCUUAGGCUGGAAAGAGACCUGUGGCUAGCCCAAGCACAAUUAAAGGAUGUAUGAAAUGAAAGGCUACACCAUGUAGAUGAAAAUUUAGAAACAUUGUCAUGCUGGUGCACUAGAGUGAGAGGGCGUAAGCUGCCCAAAGGGCAAGUUAGGAGUAUCCUAACUUCCUCUGAGUGGGACCCCAGUGUGUGGGACCCCUUUGAUUUCUUAUCAGAAAGUGAUGAGCCCCAGUCUGACUGGGAAAUUGAAACUGAAAAAAAUAAACACGUUCAUCCUCUGCUCCAACAAAAGGUUAAAACAAAGCAAAUUCAACACCCUGAUUCCCCAACAGGGGAAGAUGGUGCAGCAGUUGCUGCCACCCCAGCAGCAGCUCCUGAUCAAAAGGUGCCUUCCCCCAGACGUAUUGUGGCAAUACAUCAGUAUAAACUACCAGGGUGCCAACAAGAAAUAACUGCCACCUCAAAGAAUUAGAAAGAGUGGACAUUAUAAUCCCCACUCAUAGUCCAUUUAAUAGCCCAGUCCAGCCAGUAAAGAAAUCUGAUGGUACUUGGUGAAUGACCAUAGAUUAUAGAGAACUUAAUAAAGUAAUUCCUCCUUUGUUUGCAGCUGUGCCGAAUAUAGCUAUCUUGUUGCAAGAUGUAAGUACUCAAUUAGGCCACUUUCAUUUUGUGUUAGAUCUUGCUAAUACUUUUUUUAGUAUUUCUUUAGAUCCCUCCGCCAGCCUGCAUUCACCUUCAUGUGGGAAAGACAACAGUAUAUUUUGCUGUGCUGCCACAAGGAUAUCGUUCUAGUCCCACUAUUUGCCAUGGUUUAGUAGCUGAAGACUUAGAAACAUGGAAACCUCCAGCAGAGGUCACUCUUUUCCAUUAUAUUGAUAAUAUUAUGCUAACCAGUAACUCUCGCAGAAUUGGAAACCACCACUAAGGCCAUAGUGGCCCACCUCAAAAACCAGGGAUGGGCAGUAAAUCAGGACAAAUUACAAAGGCCUGAAUGCUCUGUCAAAUUCUUAAAUGUUGUCUGGUCAGAUAAAACUAAAACGAUUCCCUUCAGCUGUUGUUGAGAAGGUACAGUGUUACCCCACCCUGCAUGCUCCUAAGCAAUUAAUGGCUUUUCUUGGUUUACUGGGUUGUUAGAGACAAUUUAUACCCCAUUUAGCACAGAUUCUAAAACCUUUACACUCUGCUUAGGAAAAGAAAAGCAUGGGAAUGGGAUGUUCCAUAGCAGUCUGCAUUUGAAAAAGCUAAGCAAGCUAUUGCACAAGCUCAAGCCCUAAGGAGGUUAGAUCAGAAUGUGCCUUAUGAAUUGGAGGUGGCGAACACAGAAAUUGGCUUUGGGUGGGGCUUGUGGCAAAGAGAACAGGCAAAACAAGUACCCAUGAACUUUUGGUCUCAACUUUGGAAAGGAGCUGAACUGCAGUAUAAACCUUUAGAAAAACAACUGUGUGCUGCCUAUAAUGCAUUACUACAAGUUGAAAGAGUAACCCAAAAUUGCCCUCUGAUGCUGCAGACAGCCAUCCCCAUACUGGGGUGGAUGUGUGACACACAGACACCAAACCCCAUUCAGGAAGUGCUCAGCUUAGCACGCUGACCAAGUGGAAGGUUUACCUGCUACAAUGCAGUGUUUUUAACAGCAGCCCUUGAAAUGCAGAGAUGCACAAUAUUUUAGGGCCAGUUUCCUAUGUGGAGGAAUGCUAUUGCCCCUCCCUGCUGAUCCUGCUGAGGUGGCUGUAUUUGUGCCCACCAUUGAUGGAUAUGGCAGUAUACCUGAUUCUGCCUGGUAUAGUGUUGGAUCAGCACAUGAGAAACCCACAACUUGGAUGGCAGUAGCUGUGCAGCCUAGCACUAAAUCUGUGUGAUGGGAAACCAGAACUAUGCAAACAGCCAGUGGGCUGAAUUAAGAGCCGUGUGGAUGGUAAUUGUUCAGGACCCAGGUUAUGCACUAACCAUUUGUACUGAAAAUUGGGCUGUGUACCAAGGCUUAACAGUGUGGAUGGCCACGUGGAAACAGGAACAAUGAACUGACAUUGACUGCCCCUUGUGGGAAAAGAGAUGUGGGAAGAAAUCUGGGCUGCCUGCCACAAGUGUAAAGUAACUGUUUUGUGCAUCUUAGCCCAUAACACUACCUCUUUACUAGGCGAUAUUAAAGCAGAUGCUCUGGCCAAAGUGCGUAGCCUAGAGCCAGCAUUGCAUGAGGCUGCUGAGUGUUACACAGAAAAACAGGACACCAAGGACACCAAACUCUGUGGAGACUGGCUCAGCAAUUCCAGGUGCCCAUCAUGAGACAACAGCUAAAAAAUGUUUGGAUGCCUGCAUCUCCUGCUCACUCCAGCAACCAAGAAUGCUCCCUCUUCUACUUGGCCACAUUGGCCAUGAGCAGACUCCAGGCACCUGGGGGCGAGUAGAUUACAUUGGGCCCUCUUCCAGUUUGUUAAUGCUGCUGUUUUGCAAAAUACUAGAAAUGGAUUGACUUUUAUAAAGGAUUGACUUUUAUAAAGGGGGUUCAUUUGGUUACAAAUU